GAUUAUUUAAUAAUUUCGUAAAACUGGGUGAUCUUAUUUUUAAGUUUUACAAUGAAAACUCAUUGUCAUGUGCGCUAAUAACGUAAUACUAUAUAACCAAUAAAUCGAGAAAAAAAUCUUUUUUGCGCGCGAAUAUCUCGCAGCGUCUACGUGUCUGACUGGUCGUGGUGAUGUUGCUUGCGCGGCGACGCGGUUCCGCCGUUUUUCAGCCCGCUCUUGACCCGCGCGCGGCUCGCCGAUGCGCUGGUCUGGCAACGUCGCGGGCGGCAUAGAUUCCGCUCCGCAACCGCAACCGCAUUUGCCGGGUCGCCAUGAUACCAAAGCCGUGCUGGCCGUACAACGGUUUCUCCGCAGUGACGCGCAAGCUGCUGCCGAGGACGCGACGUGUGACGCGCACGGCUGAGACCGCCUGCGGCUGUUCCGUUGCUCAUCUCGACUGCUUUACGCGUAUAUACCGAUGAAUCGAGAAUCAUCGCUGUGAUAAAAAGAACUGUUGGAUGCUGCGGAUGGAUCAUUGCGCCGAUCGACCUCUGCGUGACCUCUUUGAAAUUCGACUUCUUCAAGAGAGAGAUUUUUUUACCUCUGAAAGAUUAUUCUUUCAUUCAUCCGUGGUAACCUGAAGAGGAUCCAUCUGAACGAAUUUCCUAUUUUCGAUUUCGACGAUCGUGAAAGGAUUUCUAAGUAUAAUCCGAUCGCGGAAGGUGCAAGAUCGAAUAGGGAAGCGAACGGAAGAAGGAAAAUCGAGUGAGAGACCUUGAACAAAGGGAGGAAAUCUUGGAAACUUUAUGAGCAUGUUUGACACGGAGAGAUUUAUCGAGGAGAUCGAGAGACGCCCGGCGAUCUACGAUGUGAAUCGCGGCGAGUACAACGACCGUAAUGCCAAGAUGACUGCGUGGGACGAGGUCUGCCAGGUGAUGGUACCGAAUUGGGCGCGCUUGACGGACGAGGAGAGAAACGUGGAAGAAAAAAAUCUGCGCGGAAAAUGGAGGAAUAUACGAGAUUAUUUUAUGAAAGAACUCAAGCUUCAAAAAUCACAAAAGUCCGGACCUGCCGGACGAAAACGGAAGAAAUAUAUGUAUUUUGAUCGAUUGCUGUUCCUCAUGCCGACAGUGGAAAACAAAAGAAGUACCGUGAUGAUCUCCUGCAAGUCGGAGGAGAGCGAUGGCGAGGUGGACAACCCCGUGAUCGAGGAAUACGAUGCUCUUCCUCAAGGAGGCAACGCUUCCAUAACUGGCAGCAGGGAGUAUCUUCAAGCAGGUACUCCGUCCUACAAGGUGUGUCCGCGUUAUUCGAAGCAACUCUGCGAGACGUCUUUUACACCCUUCGACAACGAGAUACACGACAUCCUCUCCUCGCACAGCAGCCAACGCGUCGCCUUCGAUGAGGAUGAUUACGAUAAAAUGUUUCUCUUAUCGUUGCUGCCGAUUAUCAGACAGGUGCCCGAAGAAAAGAAAUUGGAUGUUAGGAUACAGAUGCAACAAGUCCUUGCUAUGGCGCUCCGAUCCUCCGAUAAUAAGUGAGUCAUCUGACGUGUUUUUUGACGGGGUCCAAGAGAGAAAGGGAGAAGUAAACGAGCGAGCGAAUGGUUUACAAUGAUUAAUUAUGUAUAUCAUUUGUACCCAUCCCGUUUCAAUAUUUUAUAU